AUGAAUACCUUAGACUACAGAUUUCCCAAGACGUAUACCCCUGAAAAUCAUGAUAAACUUCCGCUUGAUGUCCAACUCAAUCGAAAUGUCCGCAUUGACUUGCCUAAACCGAAACCAAUCCAAUAUAUAACGUUGCCUAUUGCCCAAAGUGACGAUCCGUUAGAUGGUAUACUUUCCCAAUGCAAGGGCUUAAUUCAAGGGUACUCCUUGGAAUUACCCAAGGAGAAAAGCACCAAACGUAAAAGAGAAUACGAAGAGCCAAUUACACCAAAGCAUGCCAGGAUCACUCCGUCCACCACCCCAAAACUGUCUACCCCAGUUGCAAUAUUGAAACAAGCACAAAAGGGGAUAUCUGCCGACUAUGACGAUAGCGAUUAUGACCAUUUGGCAUGCCAUGCUGAUAAUAUCUUGCGUAUGGCAGUGGACUCCACAAUGUUGGGUUCAACGUUGGGUUCAAUCACAUUCGCUAAUGACUCGAUAUACGAGAAAGGAUUGGUGUUUAGCAAAGCCGUCAAGAUUGAUAUUAAUGCUGAUGAAUUAAAUGCCGCUGUCAACGACGAGUUACUCUAA